GUCUUCGAUAAGGAAACUUCAUCGGCCCUCCAAACGUGCACUCUCAUCCGCCAUCCAUUGGGCUGCGACCGCGUCAUAAUCCUAGUAGGCACGUGCUGCAACCCUACAUUUACAUAUUGAUUCCAGCGAAUUUUAUUAUGUUUACUUCUAACAUAAGCCGGAAAAUUGAUGGACUUCAUGCUUCAUAGUGAUGAUGCUUUAUAAGUGUCAUUUCUGCCCCGUGGCACAAUCCGGGCAGCAGAAACAUCACUACUCUGUGUAAACGGUUUUGUUGAUAUUCCUGCUCCUUCUCAAAAUGGCACCGACUUUCGCUACUCUUUUCUUGCUCAUUGGAGCCAGUGGGCUGGCAGCGGCACAUGGUGGCGGCAGCAAUGCACAUGGUGGCGUCGAUGUCGGAGCAGGCCCAGGAACAAUUGGCGCUCAGUUUCCGCCAUAUCUCGGAGGGAACUCCCCAUGGUUUCCAGGCCCUGAUGUCAACAACAUCCCGAAUCAGCCACCGGCCGGGUGCUCCGUUGACAUGGCAGCAUUCACGAGCCGGCACGGAUCGCGCUACCCAGACCCCGGGUCCUACAAUGGGUGGGUGGCCCUGCAGACAAAAAUCCAGAGCGCGCCAAAAUUCCAAGCCCAGGGAUCGCUGAAGUUUAUCUCAACAUGGAAGCCCGUGUUGCGGAACCCCGAGCUGGAACUGUCCCUGGUUUCUCUCGGUGGCUAUAAGGAGCUGUAUGACAUGGGCUACACGUACCGCACGCGGUAUCCCCAACUCUAUUCUGAGAACCAGACGUUCCUGGCGUGGGCGAACAUGUAUCAGGCGAACCAGCCGCGCGUAGUCGACUCUGCCCGUCUCUUCGUGCGCGGAUACGUAGGCCCGGAUUCCACAACACGGGGCUCCGUCUACGUGCUCAACAACACUGAUCCCCGUGGCGUCGCCAACUCGCUCGCGCCCUCGGACCUCUGCCCCAUGUAUAAAGACACCUCUGGCGGCAUCAAUGCGACAACAUGGAACGACAUCUACCUGCCAAAGGUUACCGCGCGUCUCAACAAGCUCAUCGGGCCCCACAGCGCGCUGAACUUCACAACCUCUGAGGUCUCGCAGUUCCCGGUUCUCUGUGGCUUUGAGUCGCAGAUCACAGGCACAAGGAGUCCCUUCUGUGAUGUGUUCACCAAGGAUGAGCUCCGUGACUUCGAGUACGCUCAGGAUAUCAGGUACUACUACGGCGCGGGGCCCGGCGCCGUCAAGAACAGCACAUUCAUGUUGCCCUUCCUCUCGGCUGUGGUAUCGCGCUUCGUCGACGGCCCAGACAAGGAAUACACAUCAUCGAAGUCGUCGGCGCCGUACAAGCUACCUCCCCUUAUCGCUACGUUCUCGAAUGACGGUCAGAUUAACCAGCUCGCCUCUAACAUUGGCGUCUUCGACGAUCAGGCGCCUCUACCGCCUACCCACAUCCCUCGUGACCAGAAGUAUAUCGCCUCGAAUUUCGUGACUAUGCGUGGGACAAUUACGUUUGAGAGACUGACCUGUGGUGGCAAGGGAGACCCCUACGUUCGGAUCCUGCUCAACGAUGCGGUUUACCCUGUUGUCGGAUGCGAUUCUGGGCCUGGCCGCUCGUGUCCGUUGAAGCAGUAUGAGAAGAUUGUGGCUAAGAAGCAGAAGGAUUCGGGCUCGUUUGUUGAGAAUUGCUUUGGUGCAAAGGCAAGUGGCGCUGAGCAGAGUUUGGCAGCUGAAGGUUUGCAAGCAAAGACUACGUUCUUGACGGAUAUAAAUCUGCCGUGGGAGUAUGUUGUGCAACCAUAAUGUAGGAACACUUCUUUUUCUCUUACACGGUGACAACUCUACGACUAAAGAAAUGUAGGCGUAUAUAGUUAGUCGUUAACAGGGAGCCGGUGUAUGUAGAGACAUUUUUUUUAGCUUUAGCGUAUGAUAGAU